AUGACAGUAUCUGGCAUCCUACUGGUUCUCUCUCUUCUCGUUAUCUCCCUCAUCUGCCUCGUCAAACAUUACAGAAAAUUAGUUGCCCAAGAAACCAAAGAUGACGAUCUAUCGAAGCAGAAGGACGAUCCAACCGCUGCAAUCAGCACACCCAUGCUACCAAACAUCAACAACAGCAACAACAACAUCAGCAACAACAACAUCAACUACUACACAACAUCAACAAACCACCAUCAACAACAUCUGCAAAUGCAACAAAACAAUUUCAACAAUUCAGCAACAACGACUAGGACAAACAUCGUGAAGAGUUUGUAUUCAGAUGGCGUCCUCUAUGAGACGACGUUUGAUGCUGUGAAUGUUGCAACGUGCGACCAACAGUCUUGCAACAACAAGGACAACACACAUUUUAACAGUUGCGAUGAUCCCAACUUUGUUGCGCACAAUCCCGGAAACGUGAAUGAUUACAAAAACUCUAAAUACAACAAGCGUCUGCUUCAUUUCAACUCUCAAAACCACAACAACAAACACAACAUCAUCACCACCACCACCACCAACAGCAACAACAUCGCAUGCAACAGCAACACAUUCAACAACAGGCCCCACAACAAAACCAACAACAUCAUGUUUAACAACAUCAACAACGACAACAUAAACAAUAACAACAGCAUCGCCAACAAUUAUUGUAAUGUAUCUACCUUGCCAAUAAACCGAAUGCUCAUGAAAGAGAACACCGCCAAGCCAUCGGUCACGUUCUGCAACAACGAUGUAACAUUCUACAACCACACACAUAGACCGCAUCACCAACAAUCACGCCUUUCAUCAAAAUCUCAACAACAUUUUUUAAACAAUUUGUCAGCCCUAUCUCCAACAUCUCCCACGAACGUCUCAAACUCCACAAUCGGCAACCCCAUAAAUGUGACCAAUCAGCCAAAGAAGUUGCUAAACCCGCCACUCGUGGAGAUGCUGGCGCAUAAAAACGUUCAAAAUCAGCAAAUAGGUCAAACCGAUUUUAAUAAAUUUGUUACCAUCAACAACAACAGCAACAGCAACAGCAAUGAUGUCAUAAUCAAGAAUGACAUCAGCAGCAACGACAUCAAGAGUACUAACACUUUUGUAAGCAGCAAGCCAAACAACAACACAAUUAAUGUAAACAAAAACAACAACAACAGCAACAACAACAACAUAAAAACAGACAAUCAAAGAUCGUAUACAUGCCAGACCGUUAACAGAAAUUUCAACAACAAACUCAUCAACACCAACAACUCAACUUUAAAUAACAUCAUCCACAACAACUUAUCGCCGCCAAAGAACAUUAUCAAUAACUGUUUCACCACAUGCAAUAACAUUACCAACAACAACCUCCCAAUUUCCUCUAUAGAAUCCAACAACACAACGUCAACAACAUCAACGACAUUGACAAACAACAACAACAACAGCACUUCAAUGACAAACAACAACAACAUCAAUGACGACGAAGAUAACAAUCGUUACAUUAAAUUUCCCAUGAACAAUCGUCAAUUUGACAAUGAUACGAUAAUGUUUUAA